CAACAUCACCGAUGACAUCAACUGACUCAACAUCACCGAUGACAUCAACUGACUCAACAUCACCGAUGACAUCAACUGACUCAACAUCACCGAUGUCAUCUAGUGGCUCAACAUCACCGAUGACAUCAACUGACUCAACAUCACCAGCGGUUACAACUGACUCAACAUCACCGAUGACAUCUAGUGGUACAACAUCACCGAUGACAUCUAAUGGUACAAUAUCAGCGAUGACAUCAACCGACUCAACACCACCCUUGACAUCAACUGACUCAACAUCACCAAUGACAUCUAGUGGUACAAUGUCAGCGAUGUCAUCUAGUUUCUCAACAUCACCGAUGUCAUCUAGUGACUCAACAUCACCGAUGAUAUCAAGUGGUACAACAUCACCGCUGAUAUCUAGUGGUACAACAUCACCGAUGACAUCGACUGACUCAACAUCACCAGCGGUUACAACUGACUCAACAUCACCGAUGACAUCUAGUGGUACAACAUCACCGAUGACAUCUAAUGGUACAAUAUCAGCGAUGACAUCAACCGACUCAACACCACCCUUGACAUCAACUGACUCAACAUCACCAAUGACAUCUAGUGGUACAAUGUCAGCGAUGUCAUCUAGUUUCUCAACAUCACCGAUGUCAUCUAGUGACUCAACAUCACCGAUGAUAUCAAGUGGUACAACAUCACCGCUGAUAUCUAGUGGUACAACAUCACCGAUGACAUCGACUGACUCAACAUCACCAGCGGUUACAACUGACUCAACAUCACCGAUGACAUCUAGUGGUACAAUAUCAGCGAUGUCAUCUAGUGACUCAACAUCACCCGUGACGUCAACUGACUCAACAUCACCGAUGACAUCUAGUGACUCAACAUCACCGAUGACAUCUAGUGGUACAACAUCACCGAUGGCUUCAACUGACUCUACAUCACCGAUGACAUCAACUGACUCUACAUACUUGCAAGCCUCUAUUGGGUUGCUGAUCUCAAUUCUGCUGCUUCACAUGACAAACCAGAUCAUUGGUGUCUGA